AUGUCUGGUGUUAGCAAGGCUUGCUGCUCGAUCCCUCCCAUUGUCGCCCAGGGUUAUCAGGGCAAGGGUGAAUACAAGACCAUCAAUGGAAUGAAGACAUACGUUACGGGCCCCGAAUCGGCCUCCAAGGCCAUCUUCAUCGUGUACGACAUCUUCGGCUAUUUCCCUCAGACCAUCCAAGGUGCCGAUAUUCUUGCUACCUCUAGUGAACAGAAGUACCGUGUCUUCAUGCCCGAUUUCUUCGAGGGCCAGCCCGCGGAUAUCUCCUGGUUCCCUCCCCAGACCGGUGAACACAAGCAGAAGCUGGGUAACUUCUUCCAGACCAAGGCUGCGCCCCCCGCCAACCUACCCAAGAUCCCGAGCUUUGUCGACGAAGCCAACAAGCUUGCUGCUGGCGGCAAGGGCUUCGAGUCCUGGUCGAUCCUCGGCUACUGCUGGGGUGGAAAGAUCGCUUGCCUGUCCUCCGCCAAGGGCACCAAGUUCAAGGCCGCAGUGCAGUGCCACCCAGCGAUGGUUGAUCCCAAUGAUGCGAAGAGUGUCACGAUCCCCAUGGCCAUCCUGGCUUCCAAGGACGAGAACCCUAAGGACGUCGAGGCGUUUGGUGCUAAUCUCCAGGUCGAUCACUACGUGGAGACCUUCCCCACCCAGAUCCAUGGCUGGAUGGCGGCUCGGUCGAACCUUGAGGAUGACGAGGUACGGAAGGAGUACGAGAGAGGCUAUAAGACUGCUCUGAGCUUCCUCCAGAAGCAUGCUUAA